AUGUUGGCAGACGAGUGUCCGAACAGUGGCGAGGACAGCGAGGAAGAUGUAAUAACCGAUUACCUUGGCUCAUCGCACUCCGACUGCGAUCGCGUGCUGCCUAUCAUUAAUGGGGAUUUACGCGGCCUGAGUUUACACGGUGGUAUAAUUACGGAGACCGGCUACAGCACCAAAGACAAUACCGAUAAAGCGCCGAUCACCAUGUCUGAGGGCGGCGAUGAACAACAGCACCACCAGCAACAGCAGCAGCAACAUCCCUUACUCGCACUCGGCACUAAUAUAAUACAAGCCCAGCCUAAUCCUCUGGUGCCCAUCAUUAGCGUCACGCCACAUUCGCCCGGUGUGGCCAAGAAUUAUCCGGUCCUAGAGGAGAAUUUACAGCAACUGCACGAAAUCCACGACUGCAUUCAGCGUAUGCGAGACUUGACAUUAGGCACUUUGGGAUAUCAUAUUCGCGCCUCCAACAACGCUCCACAAAGAUUAACCUCCUCCUGUCCAUCCCUGUGUCCGCUGACUUCAGCCGAACUCGCAUCUCGAUCCGGUAAUCAUCAUGACACUGGUUCUGAUCCGGACCUUGUCCUUGGUAAUUGUUCCACAAACAGUUCCCCAACUCAUUUCCCCUUAACGGGUGGUCAUGCCCGCUCGCAACAGGCGCAAGGUAUAGAUCGAAGACGCAGCUGGACUGGAGAUCUGGGGGAUCUGGAGGAGAACCGACACGGUCGUCGCCGAUAUUCCUCUGGACAAAAUCAUCUGCAGGCCCAAAAUAUGCGACAACGCAGCAUUAGUUUAAGUAGCCUAGACAGCGAAAACGAGAUAGAAUUAGAUGGAAAAUCAUGUACCGGACCUGUAGGCGUAAGCAAUCGAGCAUGCAGGUCGCAAACGAGCACGCACUCAUUGAACGAAGCUGAUCUUGUACAGAAUGAAUAUCAGAAGAUAGUCACAAAAAGGGGUAGUCAGAGAUUAGCAGAAAGUAGCAGUUUAAUGCCAGGACUGACUGGUUCGCGUUUACCUCUUCAGAAAUCUAUAUCGACGCCCUCGAUUGUUACACCGCAGGUUCACGCGCAUUUAACUGAAGCCGGAACUCGGACAACGCCUUCACUUGCAGCCCGUCAUGAAAGAAACGAAAAAGGUAGUGGGAGUGAGACAGAAACCGAAGAUCUUCAUACAUCACACAGCCACGAAUACCAUGAAGGCAGAGACGAAACUCCGAAUGUCCAGAUAUCCCUUGACGAGCUUUUGACCGAUAGUACUGCAUAUGAUGAUCAUCAUUCCGAAAAGACAAGAAGAAAGCGCGGUUCUAUUUUCUUCCGUAAAAAGAAGGAUAAAAGCGGAAAGAAGACUAGUCAACAGCAUCUGUGGGUAACGAUGGCGGUAGGAACUCAGGGAAGCUUAUGUGAUGUUUGUAUGAAACAUUCGACGAAUAAACCGCUCCUUCAUUGCGACAAUUGCGGAACGUCGGUUCAUCAAAGUCAGGGAUGUAAGGAACAAGUAGUGUUGGAGUGCAUCAAAUCUAAGCAUCACUCUGGCAAAUUUGCAACAAAGUCUUUAUCCAACGUUUCCAUCUCGAGUAACAGCAGCGUUAACAAACGGGGUUCCACGACGUCGCUACCACCACCAGCUUCAUCCGGGAGCGGAAGUCAAACGAUAAACGAAGAAAAAGAUGCCGAGAGCGGACAACAUCGUGAUCUUCUGAGCGGAUGGGAAGAAUUUGACUUUGGAGACGAUGCUCAUCAAUUCACGGUGGCAGAUCUCGAGGAACUAGAUCCUGAGCUGACGUUGGGAAAGGAGGAGCCUGAUUCUUGGAGCUCCGCGAUCGGACGUAAUAUCGCGUUACGUCUCGUCGAUCAUUGCGACCGCGAGGUAAAGAGGCAGGAACAUAUAUACGAAUUUGUGCUCACGGAAAAACACCAUUGUUUGGUGUUGCUCGCCAUGGAGAAGAUUUUCGCGGAGGGGUUGCGACGCCACUUUCGUCUGGGCCAGCCGGAUCUCAAGCGCAUGUUUCCCCGACUACGAGAUCUGAUCGAUAUCCAUCUGCGAUUUUUGCGAUUGCUGCGGAAACGGCAGAAUGCUAACCCUGUAGUUUGUACGAUCGCCGACAUUUUAGUUGAGCAAUUUUCCAACGACAACGCGCAACGUAUGAAGAGUGCGUAUGGGGAAUUUUGUAGUCGUCAUCGGGACGCCGUCGAAGUGUACAAAUAUUACUUGCGUAACGAUCCUCGCUUUGCCCGUUUUGUUCGCCACUGUCAGACGAAUCCUUUGUUGAAAAAGAAAGGCAUACCGGAAUGUAUACUUUUUGUUACUCAACGUUUGACGAAGUAUCCGUUGCUGAUCGAGCCGCUUAUUAAAACCGGCAUUGCACAAGAAGAAAGUGAAGACUUACGUAAAGCAUUAGUCCUUGUUAAAGAGAUUUUAGCUGAUGUAGAUGCUUGUGUAGCCGACAAAGAGCGAGAAGAUAGAAAAUUAGAAAUAUACAAUAAGAUUGACGCGAAGUCAUUCGCGACGUAUCGUGGUGCUAAAUUCAAAAAGUCGGAUAUAAUUAAUAGAAUUCUGAAGUUCGAGGGCACUGCAUACUUAAUGCAAGGUCGUGGCAAAAUGACUGCCAUUGUAGUGGUCGUUCUCUCAGACAUACUGUUUUUCUUGGCUGAGAGAGAUCAGAAAUACGCGUUCUUCGUGCCUGACAAUAAAGCGGGUAUAGUAUCGCUGCAAAAACUGCUGGUUCGUGAGAAGGCUCGUCAAGAAUCUAGCAUUUAUCUAAUAAGCAGUAACCCAGCCGAACCAGAAAUGUUCGAACUAAAAAUUCAGAAGCCAAAGGACAAACAAUUAUGGAUACAGGCUAUUCGGUCGGCGGUUGAAGCUUGCCCACAAGAUUCCGAAAACGAAACCGACACACUGACUGAAAAUAGUAAUGAAUUGCGAGACACUCGUUCCUCCUCGAUUUCGCUAGUCUCCAGUGAAGAGAAGCAGCGUAUUGCCAAGAUUAAAGAAUCACAUAUACUUCGAAUCGUCGGCGAAUUGCGAAAGAAAGAUGCAGAGCAAGCGCUACUAUUUGAAGAGAAGAUGAAUUUGCAAAUGCGGCUCUUACAAGCGGCGAAUGUUUGGAGCGGUAAUGAAAGCGAUAACGAAAGAAUUGAGAAGCAUGAGAAAGAAGGUGCCGAUUAUACACGGCUGGUGCACAAUGAAGGAACUGAUACCACUCAAUUGUGGCAAGAAGUGGUUGUGGCUGUGCAAGAAGCAACACGUCUUGCUAGUUCGUUGUCGUUUAGCGCGGGCGGCGCUACUCUAUCACGAAGCUUAAGCUCCGCCGGCGAACGUCACAGUGAAGCUUACAUUCCGCCAGCUCUUUGCGUUCCUCGAAGAGCCGAAACAUUCGCCGGUUUUGAUCAUAAUAAAGAAAGAUAUCCGCGUGACUCGAACACGAUGCAUACCGUAAUUCCCGUUCCGAAACUGUGUGAACUACCCAAAGAAAAUCCCGAUGAGAAAGGCGGUCAAGAAUUGGAGACAAACAAAGAUCAGCAAUGGGCUGCGAUACGUUUGUCUCAUCAUGUUUAUACGUUGCUUUGUAUAAUAAGUAAUCAAAUGACAACGAUUGAUAGCCUGCAAGCGCAAUUGGCUGCUUGUAAAGAGGGCAAAUCAUCCAAUAGCCGACCGAAUCCGAAUCGUCAAUUGGAAGAGCUACGGAACUUGCAGGAUCAGCUUUGCCGAGAGAAAGCAGCGUUUCGUGUUGCGUCUCAACAGGAGAAGGCUCAGCUAGAAGAGGAACGAACUGAAUUGGCGCGACAGAGAGAGCAAUUAGCUGCGGAGCAGCGGGAUGUAACGCAACAACGAGAUCAGUUGUAUCGACGACUUGAGGCAUUGGAGCGACAGGGCGUAACGCUGGUCGGAAGUUCUACGACUGGCUCGACAAUGAUUCACCUAUCUCACUUAACGCAAAACGCUGAAACACAGCAAAGCGCACGUAGUAAGGCACAAUCCGAAGCAAAACGAAUCCCUCUAAAUCUGAUUAGCGCGACGAAUCAGCAGAAAGUACAGAGUAAUUUGCCAGUUAAGCAACAGCUACCACUAAAGCUGGCCAGUGGGAGUAACAAUAACACAAGAAGCGGUAGCACUAUGAGCAAUAAUAGUCCGGAUCGGCACUCCAGAGCGGGCAGUAGUCCUGCGAUUGUCACAGGAUCCGCUUACUCGUCACCAGAGCUUGGGAACAGUCAGCAUCAUGGAAUUGGCGGAAAUCAUACGCAUUUAUCGAAUCGCUCACUUCGCAUUACUCGUUCGCCGCCCGACACCCCAUUCGUACAUCAGCAGGCACAACAGCAGCAGCAGCAGCGAAGUAUGGAGCCGCAAUCGCAGCAACAGCAGCAGCAGCAGCAACCGCCAGAGGAGGAGGUGAUCUUUUUCUGACGAUUCUUUCGAUUCGGUCGCAAACAUUCAUCUCGUUCAUCGCGUUCCAGUGCCGCCACCACCGGCACGACUACACCAACCUUAACACCG